UAUGAAACAACGUUCGGGUGGAUGUAGCGCUGAGACACAAAGUAACGGCUGACCAGUAACUUCGAUAGAAGGGAGAGAGAGAGAGAGAGGCAGAGAGCGAGGGAGCAACAAUAGAGAGAGAAUCUACUGUAAUGAUACGCUUGUGAAACGAAUGUCAGAAUAAACCUCUUUGAUAGAGUUGCACAGUGGAGCGAUCAGUAGAGAAAAACCACGCAAAGACAGCAGCAACUAGGACCUCUACACUAUACCGUAUUUACAUUCUAGGCAGCGUGUCAAUAAUUAUCAUCAGAAUAAUUAUAAUAAUCACCAUCACUAUAAAGGUUGACAUUGUUAUUACGGUAUUAAGCAGUGUCAGUAGUUUUUUGUACUGUAUAUUUAUAUGAGCACUGCCCGUGAGGUGAACACCAGGACACUCAGGUGUUGUGCAGGCGUGUGAUAGACAAGCGCACACACACACACACACCUGCCACAGAGGUGAGCUUGAGCAACCGCGCACAGCAGCGACUGGAGCGGCCGGAACACAUGUUACAGAGUCCUGUCAGAAAGCACGGUCUCACUUUACAGUUAAUAGGAUAAUACACCGCGGUUGCUUUGCUGUGUAUACCCUGCAGUAUUUUGAGAUUUUGCGAAAUCGAAGCUUCUUAAACACACACACACACACAGAGGACUAGAAAGAGUCGGCGCAGCGCAUUGACACUGUGCAUUAAAGCACCGAGGCGAAGCAAGAGAGAACCAGGGGAUCGUACAAAUAAUAAUAAUAAUAAUAAUAAUAAUAAUAAUAAUAAUAAUAAUAAUAAUAAUACUCAAUCUAUUUGGGAAAGCCGCAGAUGCCCGUGAAGUUGAAGCGAGGAAAGUGCUUCACAGACUCGGGAUAAAAGGCAUUCUUUUCGUUUAUUUCGUAAUUUAUACACGAGUUCGAGAUGAAAGGAAAAAACAGAAAACAGAAUCUGUCAGACGCCAGAGAAGUGGACGGUUCGUAUGACCAGCUCACUGGUAACCCUCCCAGCCAUAACAAAAAAACCAUAAAGCAGAGGUUCCUCAGACUGCUGUCCUGCUGCCAGCCCAGCCCCAUCCCUACAGUCAGUGAAUACAGCACAGAGGAUGAUUUUGAACUCUCCACUGUGUGCUAUCGACCAGAAGGACUUGACAAGCUUCAGGAGCAAACCAAGUUCACCAAGAAAGAGCUGCAGGUCCUCUACCGGGGAUUCAAGAAUGAGUGUCCCAGCGGUGUGGUCAAUGAGGAGACCUUCAAGCUGAUUUAUUCCCAGUUCUUCCCCCAAGGAGAUUCAAGUACAUACGCACACUUCCUGUUUGAAGCUUUUGACACUGACAAAAACGGAUCUAUCAGCUUUGAGGAUUUUGUCAUGGGGCUGUCCAUCAUCCUUAGGGGCACCAUUAAUGACCGACUAAACUGGGCUUUCAACCUCUACGAUCUCAACAAGGAUGGCUGCAUCACCAAAGAGGAGAUGAUGGCUAUAAUGAAAUCGAUCUACGACAUGAUGGGGAAAUGCACCUCCCCCUGCAUGCAGGAUGAUACACACAGGGAACAUGUGGAGUCCUUCUUUCAGAAAAUGGACAGGAAUAGCGAUGGGGUUGUGACAAUAGAAGAGUUCAUCGAAUCAUGUCAGAAGGAUGAAAACAUCAUGAGGUCCAUGCAGCUGUUUGACAAUGUUAUCUAGAGGAAGUCCUGGAGAGAGCCGGGUCCCUCCUGUGGCACUGCCCUCCUGGGAGACUCUGGGCUUUUAUUUUUCACACAAGAGCCAUUGGGAGAGGUGACAUGGGAACAAAUAUUUAAGCUAAACCCGGAACAUUAAGAAAGAAAAGGGGAUGGAUUUUUAAAAAGCUUUUUGCUGGCUGGAUUUCAGGGCCUCUCCUUUGAAAAUCUGCGACAGUUCGGACACUGCAAGAGGUGUCAUGAAAAAUCAACAAAUCCAUGAAACCCACAGUCAUGUUACCGUAGCACUGCAGACGGAAUUACAACAACUUCUUCAUUUUAUAUAGCAUGAGAUUAUCAUAUCCACUCUAGCAAUCUGUUAGUAAUUGAAAAGAUACACCAAAGCCUGCCUAAUGAACUUUCUGUUUAUAUAUGACUAGAUACCUCAGCUACUGCAUCAGGCUUAAUAAACAAUGCGCUCACCCCCCUGCCCCGCCCCGCCCCGCCCCGCCCCGUCUGUGAUGUCAUGCUGACAAGGUCACGAGUCAAGAGUGACUGAAUGUCCCUGACUGAGACUGCUGGAGCACGAGAGCUACACUGUAUCACAGCACAGUGUGAAGAGUGCCAAUACCCACAACCUGACUGAGACUGCUGGAGCACGAGAGCUACACUGUAUCACAGUGCCAAUACCCACAAUGCUCUUGAGUAAAAAUCAUAGGCAGUGAAGUGAAAGCAAGAAAACUGAACCCACAGCCCAAAGGAAAUGUUUUAAGUAAAAUAUAUUAUUUAUUUAUUAGUUUUGAUUAGCUGUUACCCAGAAAAUAUGUUUUUACGUGUUUUGUUUUUCUCUCUGGCUUUGCUUAGCCUUUUCUUGCCUACAUACAGCAAGAUCUUUUUUUUCAGUUCUGCCAUUUGUUUGUUUGGUUCAUUCAUCAGAACUACUGAGAAAUUAUUGUAUUGUGGUUCUAAUGCCAGCUACGACCACUGGCAGAUCCAGGAUAAAAGGGGUUAACUGUCAAAUAGUGUGAAGUACUCGGUAAGAAGAAUAUGCUUUUGAAGGGUUUAGAAAGAGCUUUCUGAUAGCAUUAACUCUAAGAAAAAAAUGGAAACACUAGUCUUUAAAGAUCAAUGGGUAGAAAUGUAUUAAUAAUCAAUAUCUUGAUCACCCCCUUUUUAAAUUCACAUACACAACAAAUGCGCUAUGUCAUGUGAUAUGAUUGCACCAGUUGUGUGGUAUAGGUCUUUCCAUAGUAGAGAGCACUACCUAUAACUCCCCAGCCAGCAGCUGCAUUGCUGUGAAGUCACAUUUAUUAUUAAACGUACUUUUAGCUAUGUAGCUAUGUGUUUUUAUGCCGAUUUUAAAGCACUGAUUUUGAAUAGACGGAAAGAUGACAUCUCUUGUUAAAGCCCAAUUAAACAAAAAAACACAAAACAAAACAAUGUUUGAAUCACAUUCCACGGUCACCAAUGACACGUACUGGCUCUUUGUGUGACGGUUGUGUUCAUCAGUAGAAAGGGACUCAUUUCCUGGCAUGUCAGUAGGAAUUGGUCAUAGGCAUGGACUCCAUUGAGACUAGUGUUCUAGUAGAGCAGGAGCCUCUACCGGCUCCGAACCUUCUCAAAUAUCUUGGACUGCGGUCAGUGAUGGGGAAAUGUCAUACUACAGUCCCUUUGGUGUCCGUGCCAUGUGCACCCCACCCUCCCCAGAGUGCUUCAGAGUCGCAGCAAAUCCUCCAGUAAAGAUGAGCGAGAUCCUGACGGCUGUAUAUGCGCAUGCACUGUUUCUAUAGCAUUGGAAAUGAGUAGCUCACUGGAUGUCAGUGUGUCAAGUUAUCUACUCUCUACCGGCUGCUUUGCAUUUCAAAUAUGUAUAUUUUGUACAGAGAGAGAAAUAAAAUCACCGUUGCUAUGCACCACUGUUGCAAGCCUGUUUUUCCUCCAUGGAAUAAUCCAGCAAUGCAGUCAUCUGUGAAAUGUGGAGCUUGUAAAAUCACAAUGAAAAGGAAGCAACAAUCUAAACACACAACUAGAAUGUGCUUUCAUUUAGUAAGCACCUCAAAAUAUACCAACAAGCUCUAAGCACAGACCACUCCGUCUGCAUUCACUGACAGUAAAUCAGCACGGCAUUGUAGCUGUACCGCCAGUCCUGGAGCACCCCCUUGUGGUGCCAAAAGGCAAUUUGUGGAAACAAUCUAUUCCUAUUAACACAAAAUGCAACUUGAACAAGGUU